GAAGAAACACUCCUCUUAUUUUAGGCAAAAUUUUCUAUCAGCAUUUUUUUCUUUAAUAUCUCUCUUUUUGUGAUCUCUACCUCACAACAUGGCUAUGAAAACUUUUUUCGUUGUUUCUAUGCUUCUCCUUGCCGUCUAUUUGCAAACCACACUUGGGAACGAAGUCAAGUGCGAGAAGCUGGACAAAGACACGUGUGCGUUUGCGGUCUCGUCGACCGGUAAACGCUGCGUUUUGGAGCAGAGCAUUAAGAGGAGUGGAAUCGAGGGGUACACGUGUCGGUCCUCGGAGAUAGAAGCAGACAAGGUCACAAACAUUAUUGAAUCAGACGAGUGCAUCAAAGCGUGUGGUCUAGACCGGAAAUCUUUGGGUAUAUCCUCGGACGCACUAUUGGAAUCCCGGUUUACUCAGAAACUCUGCUCGGUUAAAUGCUUAACCCAAUGCCCUAACGUCGUCGAUCUCUUUUCCAACCUUGCUGCUGGCGAAGGUGUAUAUUUGCCAAAGCUAUGUGAAUCACAAGAAGGACAAUCAAGAAGAGCAAUGUCGGAGCUUAGAAGCUCGGGAAUUGUGAGGGACACUCUUGGACCGGUUGGACCGGUCAGGUUAGGCAAGAUGGCACCAGAGCCAGCUACUUCAAUGGACUACAUGCCGUACGCGCCCGCACCAGAGCCAGCUACUUCAAUGGACCACAUGUCGUACGCGCCCGCACCUGCGUCCUAUUAAUUAAUGCAAGCGAGCAUAGAGAGAAGACGUACCAUAUCUCAUGAGAGAUCUGAAGAGAAUAAUAAAGAACUUUGUGUUUAGAUGGUUUUAUUACAUCGUUUAAUGUUUGCUUAUUAUGUAUUACAUAAAACACACCACGAUGCAUAAGGAGACAGUCAGAGUUGUGCACGAUCUGGUGAAUUUAUACUUGUAAUAUCGUAUUAUAUACUAGUAAUGAGUUUGAGCU